AUGACCAGCACAAAUAACAACUCAUCCACGGAUGGACUAGACAUCAAGAAGAUAGCCGUGAUCGGCAGCGGCAGUAUGGGCGGUGGUAUGGCUCUGCUAUUCGCUGAGAACGGUGUCCACGUAUCACUCGAGGACCCCUCUGAAGAGGCCAUGGAUGGCAUCAUCAAACAGGCUAAAGAGGAAGGCUUCGGAGACCGUAUCAGCAAGCACAGCGACUACAAGUCAUUGUGCGACUCCCUUGACUCGCCCAAGAUCUUUGUCUUCAGCUUGCCUCAUGGCAGUGUGGGAGACGGCGUGUUAGCAGGUCUCAUGCCCUACCUUGAGAAGGGAGAUAUCAUCAUUGAUUGUGGUAACGAGCACUGGAAGAACACAGAGAGAAGACAGGGCAAGUGUGUUGUCCGAGGUAUCAGAUACAUUGGCUGUGGUGUCUCUGGAGGAUACCAGGCUGCUCGAGCCGAUGACCAAUCUCUCGACUUGGUCCUUCCCUUCUUGCGUAAAGUCGCAGCAAAGGAUCCCAAGGGAAGACCAUGUGUUGGCAAGGCCGGUACAGGAGGUGCGGGUCAUUAUGUGAAGAUGAUCCACAAUGGCAUCGAACAUGGAAUGAUGAGUGCCAUCUCAGAAGCAUGGGGCAUUAUGAGAACUGGCCUUGGUAUGUCGGAAGAUGAGAUCGGUGACGUUUUCGAAAAGUGGAACAACGAAGGAGAACUGCAAGGUACUUUCCUGGUGAAGAUUGGUGCCGACAUUUGCAGGACCAAGGACCCCAAGAACGGCGAACGUGUCUUAGAAACCGUCGAAGACAAGGUCGUGCAGGACGUGACUGGCGAGGAAGGUACUGGUAUCUGGUCAAACGAAGAAGCUGUGGGAGAGCACAUCCCUGCACCCACGCUGAGCUCAGCUCACUUCUUCCGUCUGGCCUCAGCCGAUCGUGCCCAACGUGAUCGCGCGCAAAAAGCAUUCGGAGGAGACUUCCCGGCACAGAAACUGGAUGUCAAGGACAAGGCCGAGUUCUUGGAAGACUUGCGCAUGGCCACAUACACAGCUUGCUUGGCUGCCUACGUGCAAGGCAUCAACGUCAUUGACCACAAGAACAGAGAGGUCCACUGGAACAUCAACUUCUCUGAAGUUCUGCAGAUCUGGCGCGCUGGCUGCAUCAUCCAGGCCGAUUACAUCGCUUCUCUACUCGAGCCCAUCUUUGCCGAGUUCCGCAACAAGGAAACCAUGAACCUGUUGUUCGAGAAGACCAUCGCCAGCGACCUCAAGAAGGGUCAGCCAGCACUCAAGCGUGUUGUGGUCCAGGCAGUACUCGGCGAUCAUGUAGUCCCUGCCAUCUCGUCCUCGCUUGACUACAUCAAGUACCAGACUGGCUUGGAGCUUCCGACACAGUUUUACGAAGCCGAGCUUGACUACUUCGGCAAGCACAUGUACGACAAGAAGGGUGAAGACCCCAAGGGUGCUCCUACCACUGGAAAGUACCAUUUCGAAUGGAAGAGAGCUUGA